UCUAAUCUCAUUAAUCAAUCUCACCAUAUGUAAAAAUAUCGGCCAUGUAGCCCAUCUAAUCUAAGCAUAAGUUGUCACCAAACUCCCAGCAGCACAGUGCACGCAAUACAUUGUAGUUUCUUAACCAUGAAAAAGAGAAAGUUCCCACGUGUCAACUCAUCGAGUCCGAUAGAUCUACGAAACCUCUGUAAUCCCCGGUGUGAGACUCGCAAUUUUCCUUUCCCCAACGCCAAAUUCUAAAAGCAGUGAGUGAGCGGACUCAGCGCCUCGCCCCCCCGAGUCUCCUCGUCUGACUCACCUCAGCCCCACGAAUCAUCUGAAAGGAUGCUGUAGGCGCUAUAGGGGUUAAACUAUGCUAGAGGGGAAGCUUGUCACCUUGUCCUGUAAGUAGAUAAUCCAUGGGCUUCUCAGUGCUUCAGAAUCAUUUGCUCGAUUAUUGUUUGAUGGGAAAGCUGAUGAAGGUGAUUCUUUGUCAUGGACAAUAUGAAGAACAGCAGUAUAGUUUGAGUUGAAGGAUCGUCUGUGUUGAGCUUCUUAAUUUUGUACAUUUUCUUUCCAGAUGGAAGAAGUUUGCCUCAAUAGCGAGCCGGUAUUUGAUAUGGUUGAUGAGUAUGAGGUUGAGGGAGACUGCAGUGCCGUGGAACAUGAUGAUGAAACUGGUUCAAAACAUUCAAAGAAAGAACCACCUCUGCCGACCAUUGGUUUGGAGUUCGAUUCUUUCGACGAAGCUUAUGACUAUUACAAUAUCUAUGCUAAGGAACAGGGUUUUGGCAUCAGAGUUAGCAAUUCGUGGUUUAGAACCAAAAAGAAAGAGCGCUAUAGAGCAAAACUUAGCUGCAGUAGUGCAGGUUUUAAGAAAAAGAGUGAAGCCAACAACCCGAGACCCGAAACAAGAACCGGUUGUCCUGCAAUGGUAGUCAUUAGGCUUGUGGACUCUAAAAGGUGGAGAAUAGUUGAAGUCGAGCUUGAACACAAUCACCAGGUGAGUCCACAGAUCAAAAGGUUUUACAAGUCCCAUAAGAAAAUGAUUCUUGCAGCCAGAAAGGCACGACCGCCAGCAGAACCUGUAACAGAAAUACAUACCAUCAAGUUAUAUCGAACUGCUGCCAUGGAUGCUGUGUCUAAUGGAUUCUCAAAUGUUUCUGAAAGAGAGGGUAUUCAUCAACCAGAUCACUCUAAACAUCUGGAACUUAAAGAGGGCGACGCAUAUGCUGUUUAUAAUUUCUUCUGUCGCAUGAAGUUGACUAAUCCGAAUUUCUUUUACUUGAUGGAUUUUGAUGACGACAGUCGGUUGAAGAAUGUCUUCUGGGCAGAUGCUAGGUCCAGGGCCGCUUAUGGUUAUUUUUCCGACACCGUUGCAAUUGACACAACAUGCUUGACAAGUAAAUAUGAACUACCCUUGAUUUCUUUUGUCGGAGUGAACCAUCACGGGCAAUCAGUGUUAUUGGGAUGUGGCUUCCUUGGACACAAGUCAGUGGAGUACUUUGUCUGGAUUUUUAGAGCAUGGCUUAAAUGCAUGCUAGGGCACCAACCACAGGUUAUUGUUACGGACCAGUGCAAACCCUUGCAAAUUGCUGUUUCCGAGGUUUUCCCGAAGGCUCGUCAUUGUUUUUGUUUGUGGUAUAUCAUGCAGAGAGUUCCAGAGAAGUUGGGAGGAUUGAGAGGAUUUGAAGAAAUCAAAAGGCAGUUGAAUAAAGCUGUCUAUAACUCCUUAAAGAUAAUCGAGUUCGAAACUUCCUGGACCGAAAUGAUCAAGAAGCACGGACUUGGCGAUAACAAGUGGCUCCAAACUUUGUACGAAGAAAGGAAGCAAUGGGUACCGGUUUACCUAAAGGAUACAUUUUUUUCCGGAAUGAUCCCAAUUCGAGAAAACGAGAGUUUAAAUGCAUUUUUCGAUGGUUAUGUACAUAAGCAUACAUCUUUCAAGGAAUUUGUUGACAAGUAUGAUUUAGCUCUUUAUAGGAAACACCUAAAAGAAGCCACAGCAGAUGUGCAGUCAAAAAACUCAAGCUUUGAAUUAAAAACAAGAUGCAAUUUCGAGGUCCAGCUCUCUAAAGCGUACACAAAAGAAAUCUUCGAUAAGUUCCAAUCCGAAGUUGAGGGGAUGUACUCUUGCUUCAACACAAGGCAGGUGACUGCAAACGGGCCAAUAGUAACAUACAUUGUUAAAGAAAGAGUCGAAAUCGAAGGAAAUGAGAAGGAGGUUAGGAGUUACGAAGUUUUGUUUGAGACUAAUCAGGUCGAUAUCCGAUGCAUAUGCAGUUUAUUCAACUACAAAGGUUAUUUAUGCAGGCAUGCUUUGAACGUUCUUAAUUAUAAUGGUGUUGAAGAAGUUCCCUCGCGCUACAUACUGCGUCGUUGGUGUAAAGAUUUCAAGUUUCAGCAUGUCGAUCGAGGCUCCACUGACAUUGAUGUGUAUAGCCCGGUUGAUCGGCAAAGUCACUUUCAUAACUAUGCAGUACCGAUUGUAGAAGGUGGAGCACAAUCUGAGGAACAGUAUAAGAUCGCACUGCAUGAAUUGCAGGAAUUAUUAAACAAAUUUAAUCUUGUAGAUGACAGCUUAGUAUAACAAAGUGUACCAUCAAAUGUUUUAAACUAUUAAUUAGCAAGAAAUGCAAGUUUUUUGUUGUAAUUAUAAA